AUGGAUGCAGAUGGAGGUACAAGCAGAGAGUUCGUGGUGAAGUUAGGCAAGAGAGAAGUGGUGGUGGCACCACUACCUAUGCAAGGGCAUUGGCUGCCCCUCUCCAACCUCGACUUGCUCUUGCCUCCGCUCGAUGUAGGCGUCUUCUUCUGCUACGCCAAUCCAACCACCACCGCGUCACAAAGGCUGGAAUAUGGGCCUGUCAUUGGUGUUCUGAAAGCCGCCUUGGCCCAAGCUCUAGUCUCCUACUAUGCUCUCGCUGGAGAGGUGGUGCAGAACUCAGCCGGUGAGCCAGAGCUCCUGUGCAACAAUCAAGGGGUCGACUUCAUCGAAGCUUUCGCAGACGUGGAACUCCGCCAUCUCAACCUAUAUAAUCCGGAUAACACCGUUGAAGGGAAACUGGUGCCCACAAAGAAGCGAGGUGUGCUUGCUGUUCAGGCAACGGAGCUAAAGUGUGGAGGAAUAGUGGUGGCUUGUACGUUUGACCAUCGAAUAGCUGACGCCUACUCGAUCAAUAUGUUCAUGGUGUUUUGGGCAGAAACGGCUCGCUCCGCUACACCCAUUUCCCUCCCUCCUUCCUUCCGUCGUUCUCUUCUCAACCCAAGGCAUCCGCUCUACUUUGACCCCUCUCUAGACCGCAUGUACAUCCCGGUCUCCGCAUUGCCCCCACCUCCCAAACACAAGCUGCAAGUGGAUGAGCAAUGCGAGACAGUGACAUUAAGGGAUGACGACCACCUGUUAAGCCGCCUGUACUAUGUGACCGCUGCCAAGCUAAGUGAGUUGCAGCAGAGUGCCUGCUCCAAUGGAAGCAAAAGGACUAAGUUGGAAUCGUUCAGCGCUUUCCUUUGGAGGAUGGUGGCUGAAUCCUCCUCGGUUGCUAAUAAUGAUGACAACAAGACAAUGUCAAGGAUGGGGAUUGUGGUGGACGGUAGGUGUAGGUUGAUGAGUCAGGGCGAGGACGACAAGCCCACACCCAUGUCAUCCUACUUUGGGAACGUGUUGUCGGUGCCAUUUGGAGAGAAGAGGGCGAGGGAGGUGGUGGAGAAGCCGCUGAGUUGGGUGGCAGAUGUGGUGCACGAGUUUGUGGAGAGGGCGGCAAAGAAGGAACACUUUCUAGACCUGAUAGAUUGGGUGGAAGGACACCGGCCAGUGCCAGCAUCAGCAAGGAUAUUCUGCAAGCCUGGCAAUGAGGAGGAAGAGGAAGGGUCGACAGCGCUCGUGGUGUCAUCCGGACAGAGGUUCCCGGUGACCGAGAUGGACUUCGGGUGGGGGAAGCCAGUGCUGGGGUCCUACCACUUCCCAUGGGGAGGCAAAUCCGGGUACGUUAUGCCCAUGCCCAGCCCACUCUCCAACGGGGAUUGGGUGGUCUACCUUCACCUCUCCAGGUCUCAGGUGGCCUUCAUUGAGUCCCACGCUCCCACCAUCUUCAGGCCGUUGACCCCUCACUAUCUUAACCUCCUUUGAUGCUUCUUGUUCUUCUUCUAUGAGUAUCGUUAACGUGCCUCAUCAGCACUGUCCAUUGUUGUUGUUUGUCCUAUUGAAUUAAAACCUUAUGUUCCUCGUGUGUUUUCUUCCCGUCCAUUC